AAAAAAUUAGCCGAAAAAUGGUAGUAUUUGAUUAUUUCCUUGUCUCUCAUAAAACAGCAAAUAAAUGAAACAUGUUACUGGAGUUACGCCCCAUUGCAUUUUUUACAGGCUUUCUCUUUCUCUACUUUCUUCCUCCUGAACUAGCACAAGUUCCUUUCACUCAACUUUUUUGGAGUCAGUGACAAGCACACACACAUAAUCAUUGUGUCACAGAAUGAGUUCAUCCUCAGGCCAGAGCAGUGGCUAUGAUCUCUCUUUCAAGAUCUUGUUGAUUGGUGAUUCUGGUGUUGGAAAAAGUAGCCUUCUUGUUAGCUUCAUUUCCAACUCUGUUGAAGAUCUUGCACCAACAAUUGGUGUUGAUUUUAAGAUCAAGGUGUUGACAGUGGCUGGGAAGAGGUUAAAGCUUACAAUUUGGGAUACUGCUGGGCAGGAAAGGUUCAGGACUCUAACGAGUUCUUAUUACAGAGGAGCGCAAGGAAUCAUUCUCGUUUACGAUGUCACGAGGAGAGAAACCUUCACAAACUUAUCGGAAGUGUGGUCUAAGGAAUUGGAACUCUAUUCAACUAAUCAAGAUUGUGUGAAGAUACUAGUUGGAAACAAAGUUGACAGAGAGUCUGAAAGGGCUGUUAGCAGAGAAGAGGGUUUAGCUCUCGCCAAAGAGUUGGGGUGUUUGCUUCUCGAAAGUAGCGCUAAAACUCGAGAAAAUGUGGAGCAGUGCUUUGAGGAACUUGCUCUAAAGAUAAUGGAAGCUCCUAGUCUUUUGGAAGAAGGAUCAACAGCAGUUAAAAGAAAUGUUUUAAAGCAGAAACAGGAACCCCAAGCAUCACAAAAUGGUGGUUGUUGCUCUUAAAAUCCUGCGUUUGUAUACACUGAGUUCUCUAGCUAGCACAUCUUGGACAAAUCCUGUACAUGUAAAGCUGCCUCUUUAGUUUCUUACUGCUCCGCCAUGCUGCCAUUGUUUGUUGCUUGCCGAAUUACUUGCAAUAUCAGAAUGGGUUUAGGGUUUAUGUGUUACUCCCAAGUCCGAAGUCUUUGAUACUGCAACUGCAGAUUCUUGCAACUAAGUGCACUUGUUUCCAGCUUAUACAAUUUUAAUGAAAUAAGGGUACUUUAUUGCA